AACGGGAUCGUUCUAUUCUACGAUCUCCGUCCUUUUCUAUCUUUCCAUGCAUGUCUCGUAAUCGCUUUAUUAUGUCUCUUUCCGAAGUUCACGUGUUCGUUGUCGAUUCAUCUCUCGCACAGAUUGCUAAAUUAGUUGAUGCAUCUCUUCGUUAGUGUUUCUUUCUCCAUAUCUGGAAUACGCAACUCAAGGAUCAAGAGCCCUCAUAGUCAGCAAUCGUUUUGUUCUUCUGGGAUUCUAUUCCGACGUCAAGAUGUCGUCUGCUUUGCCGACGGUUCCCACCUCUGCCCGCAGCAUGCUUGAAGAAAUGUUGGCUGCCCUCAAAUUGAGGGAUGAAAAGCCUAAGGAUGUCCCACCGUCAUUGCCCUCCCGACCCACCUUGAAACGGAGGCCGCCCUCAACAAAGAAUAAAAAAUUUAAGAUUGAAAGCGACCUUGCUGAAUUUUCAUCCGAGGAACCUGCUGAUGUAACGGUGGUGAAGGCAAGGCCGGAUUUGUCGGAACCAAGAAAUGGCAUCAUUUUAUCAAAUAGGCCGGACGAACAGGAUUCUCAAGAAUCAGAUUCCUAUGAGGAAGCUCAUUUCGUUGAAGAGGCUUUGGUGGAUGACGCUUCAAGAUUAGAAGAGCUUGAGAAGUUGGUUACAUCUAUAAAGGAAGAAUUGAGACAAAAAGAGGAGGAGAACAUUGCAUUGCUUGCACAAGUUCAGGAGUAUCAAAAGAACUGGUCAUUGUGUGAGGAAAAAAUCCACUCGAUGGAGGAUCUGUAUCAGAAACAGAUACAGACUCUCACGAUGAGCCUCGAUGUAGUUCAGAAGAGCCUUCUAGCCAGCGACACUGCCAAGCAACUUGCUGGCGCAGGACCAAAACCUGAUGCGACACCAAAUAAAAAUGUAGUGGGAAGGAAUGUGGAUUGCAAAGGUAUUACUUGUCCUGUUUAUCAGCUAGCAAAGGAGCUUGAGAAGCAGAAACAGAUGUUUGAGGUUGAAGCAAGAGGGCUUGGUGAUGUGAAGUCUGGGCAGACAGAGUAUGCUAAGAAAUCACUCGAAGAACUUCGAAAGUUGAAGGCCGUGUAUGCAUCUUGGAAGAAGGAAUACAAGAAGCAUUUGCAUGAGACUAAGAAAGCACUGCUCAAGCUUAAAAAAUCAGAAGGUGAGGAAACUCAUAGAAGAUGGUGGUGCCAGAGAAGAACUGCUAAAAGUAGGUUUUCAAUGUGCUCUUCUUAAUGGGUCAGAGGACCAUGGUGGUAGUUGGCCAUUGCCUAUACAUAGCCAAAGCAUAUUGGUCACCUGCCAAUGCAGCGUUUGGAAAGGGUCAGUGUAUGAUAACUGUAUACACAAUUCAUCCUGUGACUUUCAAUUAUUCUCUCUGUAACUUGCAUCGGCAGUUGUUAAGUUUGUCAUCGUACAUGACUUGUAUUCCUG